AUGGAAGGGGAAGCGUUUCGCUAUGAUCCAGCUAACAACUACGACAGCCAUCCUCAACUUCAUAUUGGACAAAUGACCGAUGUUUGCUCAUAUUGUGAUGCUCUCAAGUGGCCUGGAGAAGCACCAGAUAUGUGUUGCUCUGGUGAUGCUAUAGCCAAUGAUGGAAAUGCUGACAAUCUUGGUAAAUUAGUGAUCCAGAGUUGGUAUCCAGGCGGAAAUUAG